UGUGCGCAGACAGAUCGUUGCGUGUGGACCGGGCUUAACUUACAGAUGUGAUCAUGCGUCAUUUUGAGUUUGAUGGACGAAAUAUGCGCGGCCUCGUUAAUGUAAACAUUUCAUCUGUCGCAGCCUAAAAACGUCGCCAUUAUUGGCCAUUGCGAAGGUUCCGACAAGUGGCGGGGGGGAAGGGGGACGCUUGCUUACGCCACGCCUGUAACUGCGCAGAAUUGCGUGAAGUGGUGAUGCGAUAGUUGGGCAACUUUUCAAUUCUCUAGUCUGGCAACAUCUCGAUCAAUUGAGCUACAGUUCAGUUGCUCAUUCACUAAUUUGGAUAUUGAAUGUAACGUGCAAUUAGAGGGUAUGGUACUUUUUGACAACAUACGUCUUAUAAAGGAGAUUGAGAAACGGCCUCCUUUAUACAAUAUUGGGCUCAAGGAAUCCACCGUUAUAAAAAGGGUGUUAUGGGAGGAGGUCUACGAAACAUUGUUUCCUGCGUGGAAUAAUCUUACAGCUGAACAAAAAGCAAUAACAGGGCGAGAUGUUCAACAGCGCUGGAAAAACAUACGCACGUGUUUCACACGAGAAUUAAAGGCACAGCGUAGCUUGAAGUUGGAGCAAAUUUCACAUAAACGAAGGAAGUACAUGUAUUUUGACAAUUUACUGUUUCUCCUGCCAUCAACAAAGCCACGGAGUACCUAUAGAGAGACCGCUCCAAUCAAAGAGAAGGAAACACUUUCCAGCAAUGAACUUACAACUAAUACUAUCUUCAUCCAGAAAUAUGAAGCAGAAUCGGAGAGGCUAGAGGACCCUCUGCUCAUCUCACCUACAGCUAGUGAAGAACCAAAGAGGCCAGAGGAAUCUCUGCUUCAGACAUUUACAGUUCAUGAAGAAUCAAACCAGACCAGACCAGAAAAAUCUCUUCCUAAGCCACUUACAGUUAGAGAUAAGACAGCAGCUGAAUGUGAUGCAGACACACAUUUUGUGUUAUCUCUUGUACCACUUCUGCAGUCACUAAAUGUGGAAAAUAAACUCAUUGCACAAAUUGAAAUAUUGCAAGUAUUUAAAAAAAUUGAAGAAAGGCAACGACGGCCCUUACCAAGCAGUGAAAGUUUGUCCACAGUCAACUUGAAUUAGUUAAAUGUGUCUGCAAAGGAAAGAUCAACUGACAAAUAAUGGCAAGAGUGUUUCAGGAAAUUGUAAAAGUUUCAGGAACUGCAUGCAUCCGCCCAGUGUUUGUAAUCUGUAAGAUGUAUUUGCAGUCUUUGUCAACCAAAGGAAGAUGUCAGCAAUACUAAUAAAUGAUUGAUGAGUGUUUCCUCA